AUGUUUAGCCAGGUGGGCGUGUUGCGCCUGAAUACCCACGCAUUACAGAUCACAGCAGCUGUCGCCUUUAUCUGGCUCUUUGUAGUCCUCGUCUACUGCUAUCGAGAUCUAUCGUUUUCGGCGCCAUCCCCUGAUGUCAGUUCGAGUCGACCCAGCAGCAGACCCAACCGACCCAGCGCAUCGGGUGCGCAGAGCUAUGAGCCGAUUAAGCUGGGCGCGCAGUACUUUCUCGACUAUCCUCUGAGAGAACCGUACAAGGAUAUCUUUGGAGAGUUGGGACAGCGAGCGCAGUUCCUUCGUUUAUGGAUUGAGCAGCUGGAGGGUAUGGAUGAGAGCUCGGAGGCACGGGAAGAGAUGGUGGAACUCGUCGAACGACUCACCAAAUCACUGUUCCCAUAUCUCAAGCAGAAGGAGGGUGUUUCUCCUCCACUUGCAGACAUUCAACAACGGCUCGGAAUUUCGCAGAAUGAAGCGGGUAACUUGACAGCGACGAGGAAACCCGCAGGCAUCGUCAUCCCCACGGGUGAAGGGACGCUUCGAUUCGCAUGUCAUCUCGUCGCAUCCUUGACGAAGGUUCACAAAACCGCACUACCGAUUCAAAUUGUGUACGCCGGAGAUGACGACUUAUCCCCAGCUGGAAGGAAGAAGAUACAAGAGGCGGCUGGCGAUGUUGAGGUCGACAUGUUGGACAUUGUCACCGUUUUCGACGACAAGACGCUGAAACUCGCUGAAGGUGGAUGGGCGAUAAAACCGUUCGCUGCACUCGCGAGCAGCUUCGAAAAAGUCAUCCUACUCGACGCCGAUGCAGUGUUUCUCCAAGAUCCUGAGCAACUACUUCGCCAAGACCGGUUCCAGGAGACCGGCGUCCUUCUUUUCCACGACCGACUGCUUUGGAAGGGCAUGUUUGCCGAUCGCCACAACUGGUGGCAUGAACAACUCAAGCAUCCCAGCCCAGAGACUGAAAAGUCACUCGUGUGGACCGAACACUAUUCGGAGGAAGGCGACUCGGGCAUCGUGGUGGUUGACAAGACGCGGCUUGACGUGUUGAUUGGUCUUUUGCACGUCGGCUGGCAAAACUCGGAGGCGGUGCGAAAUGAGGUGACGUACAAGAUCACUUACGGGGACAAAGAGAGUUGGUGGAUUGGCUUCGAGGCUGCGGGGUCCAAGUAUUCUUUCUCGCCGCAUUAUGGUGGGAUUGUUGGGUGGUUGGAACCAACUGAGCAGGACGAGAACAAUGCAGACCUGGAGAAGUCGAAGCGAGAAGAGGUCCGCGUCUGCAGCUUCGUCAUCGCCCACGUCGACCAAACCGACAAGCUACUAUGGUACAACGGCGGCCUACUCAAGAACAAAAUCGUCAACCAGACCGAUUUCGAGGUACCGACACACUGGAUGAUUGAUCAGACAUGGCACAAGGGUGCUGCGAAAAAGGACAUGAGCUGUAUGGCUGGAAACCAAGCGACUGAGCUGUUGGAGGAUGAGCGGCGUGUUUUAUUGAGAUCUAUUGAGGUUGCAAAGGAUGUGGAUGAGCGGUUAGGAUUGUUGUCAUGA